AUGUCAUCAAGAGAAGUAUCAACGAUGAUCAAACUUGCAGACCCAUCUCUCUCUUUCUCUCCUUCAAGAACUCCGUCCAAACUCUCCUCUCCUCCACCUCCACCGCCAAACGAAUCGACCCACUCAAACCCGACCCUUUUCGACAUGAUGUCAGAAGAGCACAGCCGCGAGCCACGGAGGAAAUCUCACGCGCGCGUGGCGCAGAUCCUUACUGAGUUCAAGAACGGCGUCGUUUACGGCCAUAGCCUCGGGCCAAGCGACGUGAAGCUGACUGUGGUGGGGAAAGACGGUUACAGAGUCACCAUAGGAAGGUUUUAUCAGAGAAGAGUAGGGGUUUUUCAUGAAGAAGAUGAAUUCUAG